AUGCCUCUCAUACCUGCCGCACAGGCACCCGCCACGGAGCUCAGCGACGAUGAGGGCCUUGAAUUGGCCGCCGGCACCGGCAGCAGCAGCAGCAACCUCGACAACUCCCGUGUGUCGGCCAUGUAUCUGAGGCAUCACGGCGAUGAAAUUCACCAGGCGCUUGAUGUGCGAGUCAAUCCAUCAACGUACUCAGAACAGCGUGGUCAAGUGGAGGUCCUGAAAUUACCCAAUGUUGAGGCCGCCCUAGCAUGGUACCGAAAACAGUACACAGAUGUCCCGUUUGACGUCUUCAAUUGUUCAUGGGAUGACUUGUUCUGCCAAAUAGCCCGUGCCCAAGGUGACCACGACGCCCGCAACGGACGCAAGGGCAGUGUCAGUUGGUUCAAGUAUUUAUGGCGCAAGGCUGGAUCCAAGUCGGAUGCCAUCGAGCCCUGGCUGCAUCUGAUUCCGGACGAGUACGGCCUGUCCAUUGUGCGCGGCGCCAUCGGCAUCGUCUUCCACAUGGCCGAGAAAUCUCAUGAAAAAGAGCAGUCCAUCCUGGGGGGCUUCGAGACCAUUACCGAAACCAUCCACAAUGCCAUGAACAAGGGCGUCAGUUUCCAGCGUGAGCCAGAAAUGCAUGCCUGUUGCCAGGCACUGUACGACUGUCUGGUCGAGGGCAUUGCAGACCUGAUUUGGUCAUUGAAACCAGAGCCAAAAGGAAAAAACCUUAUUGAGAAGCUCAAAAACAGGCAGGAAAGACAGAAAAGCAUCAGCAUUGAGGGCAUGCUAAAAAAGGUCCAAAAGAAAUCCUUGGAACUCGAUCAGUGUGCCGAACGCAUCCUUGCCCGUAACUCCAACGAGACACGCACCGGUGUUGGCCUCUUGCAGGUCGAAGCCUCAGUCGCCCGGUCCAUGCUUGUCGAAGCCCGAGACCGCCAGGACCGCAUGUUAGACAUCAGCCAGCAGACCAACAACAGCGUUCAGCUUGUCGGCCGCGACAUAAAGUACCUCGGUGAAGCUGCCAACAAAGUUGUGCGGUACAUGGUUGAUGAAAACCGCACCCUUCGCGAACGCAUCCAAUUUUUGGGACAAGAUCACAAGCAGGUCAUUUCGGCGACAGAGUCGCAGAACGCGACCAUUGCCUUUUUGGCUGAGACGGUGAUCAACCUCAACCGCAACCAGCAAUACCUCCUCGAGCAGCAGAGCGCCCUCGUUCGUGACGUCCGCCGGUCUCUGACACCCGUGCCCAUGGACCAACCGAAUGACAUCAUCAUGUGGCCGACUCAGUUGCUGGACGACCUCGGCGUUUCUCUCAACAUGGCCGAUACCGAUAUGAUGACUGUUAAUCGAUACGGCACCUCUUUCAAUCCCAGAGCCCACGAACAGGCCCAGUCUUUGCUGGCCACCGACGAAUUUUUACGAUGGUACCAGAGCCGGCACUCAGGGAUGCUGUUUGUCGACGGCAACGACGCCAGUGCCACCCGCAGUUUGAUUUCGCCCAUGUCGGUGAUGUGCUCCUCGCUGUCCAUCGUCUUCGAGAAGUCCGGCCAGAGUGGUGAGGCUUUUGUCCUUCGCUACUUUUGCAGUUUGCACAACUCGCAGGAAAGAGACGAUGCCGAGCGCGACCGUGCCCGUGGACCGGUGGGCAUGCUCCGUUCUCUCCUGGUCCAGCUCGUGGCGGCCCUCGUCAAGGAGGACCUGGCGCGAGGCGGCGGGGAGGGAGAGGACCCGAUUCAGGAAUACAACCUUGGCAGGUACAACCACGGACAACUCGCCGAUUUCCGCGGUAGGCUGCGCGACGGCUACCUAUGGGAACUGUACAUUGUAUUCAUUGAGUUGCUAAAGUAUGUGCCGAAGGACAGACCCGUCUACUGCAUUGUCGACGGCGUCUCGUCUUUUGAGGACGACCGGUACGGGGCCGACCUGAAGGAUGUCUUUACCGACUUGAUCCGGCUAGUUUCAUAUUCCCAGGCCAACCUGAAGCUGCUGUUUACGUGUCCCUACCGCAGCGUAUAUCUUGUGCCUACCGAAAGAUUGAUUCUACAGGAAGACUACCUGAGGCUCCAGCCGGGAGGCCGUGGAGGACUGGGAAUGAUCACAGAGUCGUCAGUGACGGGUCGUCUGCCACGAUAA